UCGCAUUCUAAUCCUUCCUAGCAUUAGUUACAACCAUGUUUAACAGCCAGAAAUCUCUUUCACUACUCUCUCGAGAUGGCCCACAAUGGAAUAAAGAUCUCAUGGUCGAGCUCCAGGCCGCAUUGGAUAGCAAUCCAGCCGUAGAUUUGCUGUCGAUAUUUAACAACCAAUACCGCGAUGCACACCUACUUGCGCAGUCUGCGAGACUUUCUGAGCUUGGGAGACUAAAUAUUAGGACACUAGACGAACUCAAUAUCAAAUUUGAGUCCGAUCCAGAAGUCGAUCUAUCGUCUGUAUUCCCAAGGAGCUAUUUUCGUAAAAGGGGCUCCUUGGUUACUUCGAAGACCGCGGAACCUCAACAUGUUAUCGCUCCAAAGAAGCCAGAUUUUCGAAACAAGUUGGACGAUGUAGAGACUGCGAGUGUGGUGUCUCCACUGUCUCCCGGUGUACGGAGCUUGCUUCUUGGUCGUGAGAAAUGCUCACCCGGAGAAAUACGACAAGAUGACCUUGUCGAUGGCCUGAAACGUCUUAUUUGGAAUUCACCCAAGCUUUGGGAGUGUUCUGUUCGGGGUGUGGUGCUUAAAUGUAACGAUGACACCGUGGCUAAGAUUAUCGACGGAGGCCAAGAUUACACGGAAUACAGCACUUUGCAAUAUCUGGCGCAGAACGCGCCGGAAAUUCCUGCCCCACGACCGUAUGGCUUGAUAGCAUUCGGUCCCUGUCGGGUGAUAUUCAUGUCUUUGAUCCCUGGCACUACGCUGUCUCACGCAUGGCCAAGGCUUUCAUUUCUACAGAAGUCAUCCAUACAGCAACAGCUGGACAACAUCUUUGCGCGCCUGAGAACUAUUACAAAGCCGAAAGCUCAAAAUCUAGGUGGCGUCUGUGGCGAAGGUGCUAAGGAGUUACGUGUCAACGGAUGCGGCCUCUUCCCAGACAUUACCACUGCAGCUCAGUAUAGUGAACUGCAAUGGUCUGCGCCCAACCACGGAAGCAAAACUUACGCCAAGUUUCUUCGCUCGUUCUGGGAUGCUAGAGAAUCAUCAUUAGACAGGGAGGUGGUCUUCACUCACGGUGAUGUUCGGACAGAUAACAUUAUGGUAGACAUGAAGCCAGGCAUUGAUGGCACUAAUAACGUGUUGGUCACUGCAAUCAUUGACUGGGAAGAUAGUGGUUUCUAUCCUAAUUACUAUGAAUGCACGGCUCUUACAAGAACAUUGACUCCUUGGGACGAAAAUGACUGGUAUCUACAUUUACCAGAUAGUAUCUCCCCACUUAAGUAUCGUAAGGAAUGGCUUGUCGACCGGCUUUGGGGCGUUCAUCUAAGGACUACAUAGAUAAAUAGAAUGGUCCCACGCCAAAAAGGGUAUGGAUAGAUAGCGGAAUAUACUAAAACUUCAUAAGUUAUAUAUA